CUAGUUCCCACCAACCACCUUUUGCAAAAUCCAAAUUGAAAGCGCACACACAGAACAGAUAUGGGGCAACCAAUUUUCCCACCACCACUCACUCAAGAUGGGUCUCGAUUUUGCCUCAGAAAGCCUCCUCCACCCACUCUAACAACCCACCAAAUUCCUCCCAGUUUUUUUUUUCUUUUCAUUUCCUUUUUACCUUAUCUCAUUUAUCCACUAUCAUAUACAUAUACUCCUUACUUAUUUAUUAGCAUUAUUAAUUGUAGUAUUAUUAUUAAUUGUUAUAACACAUUACAUUUUAUAUUUAAUUGCUGAUAAUACUUUGUAGUUUGUAUCGUGUAUGAAUGAUAUUUGUUCGGUGAAUAUAUAUUCCCUUUUAGAUUAUUGAUGAUUACGGGCUAUUUUUUAAGGGGCUUCAUCCACUUGAGGACAAACCUUUUGUUUCCUAAGGCAAAGAUUUCAUAUCCUAUGUGACCACACCACUUAGUAUAGCUUCGCAUCUGGGCUCCCUAAUUUCCCAUUUAUCAAAGAGGAUCCCCUAAAGACUGAAGCUUUUUUUAUCAGCUUCAUAACUCGUGAGUGCUGUUGAUUGUUCUCCUUUGUUCUUCGCAUAGGCAUCCUUUUUUGUUUCUUUGCAAUGCGUGAAGAUAUGCAAAGUUUCUAUCUUUUUAGUAUCUUCCUGUGUUGAUUUGAAUGGCUCCUGUUGCUUCUCGGUUCCAUUUUUCUUAUUGGUUUCUCUGUAAGAUCUAAGUAGGACUUCCAUCUUUAACUGUUAUUUCCGUUUCCAUGGGAUCUGGGAUUGAUGUUUAUUGAUUUAUAUCGGCGUGUAUGCUGUUGUUUGUUCGAUGGUAGUUGUAAUGCUGAACUCGUUUCAAAAAAGAAAAGGAAAAGAAAUUUUUUUUUUGAUUUUUAUUAGGUUAGUGGCAGAAGCACACUUAGUGCAGUUGGUGAGUACGUGAAUAGAUUAUUAGAAUUUUGAACUUUUUAUUAUCUGGCAUUCAGUUUAGAGUUUUCUUAAACUCGUUGGCAACCCAAUGAUUGGAAGAUUUUGGGAUUGUCAUAGUUCUACUGAUAUUGCUUGAUGGAUGGUCAGGAUUAGAGUUUCGUACUUUAAGCAAUUGAUUCUAAUGAAAGAUAUCGUAUUCCUAGCGUUGAUCCUUGAUUCUGAGUUUUGUUAUUUAAUACUCAUUGUGAUGCCUGUGUUGUUCUCUCAGAAUUAAUCAAAUAUGAGAGGAGGAUUGUGGCAACUUGGCCAAUCAAUUACCCGCCGAUUGGCUCAGACUGACAAAAAGACUAUUGCUCGAAGAUGCUUUGCAUCGGAGGCUGAUCUUAAGAAGACCGUUCUGUACGACUUCCAUGUUGCCAAUGGAGGGAAAAUGGUACCUUUUGCUGGUUGGAGUAUGCCGAUUCAGUACAAGGACUCGAUCAUGGAAUCUACCAUAAAUUGUAGGGAAAAUGGUAGCCUGUUUGAUGUUUCCCAUAUGUGUGGCCUCAGCCUUAAGGGGAAGGAUUCCAUUCCAUUUCUUGAAAAGCUUGUCAUUGCUGAUGUUGCUGGGCUUGCUGAUGGAACCGGGACAUUAACUGUGUUCACCAAUGAGAAGGGAGGUGCAAUUGAUGAUUCAGUGGUAACCAAAGUGACCAAUGAUCACGUAUACCUGGUUGUAAAUGCUGGUUGCAGAGAUAAGGAUCUUGCUCACAUUGAGGAGCAUAUGAAGUCCUUCAAGUCCAAAGGAGGCGAUGUCUCUUGGCAUAUCCAUGAUGAAAGAUCCCUUCUCGCCCUUCAGGGUCCUCUUGCUGCUCCAGUUCUUCAACACCUGAUGAAAGAGGAUUUAAGCAAGAUAUACUUUGGGGAUUUUCGGAUCCUGGAUAUUAACGGUUCAACCUGCUUCCUUACAAGAACAGGGUAUACAGGUGAAGAUGGUUUUGAGAUUUCAGUUCCUUCUGAGAAUGCCGUUGAUCUGGCAAAGGCUAUUCUCGAGAAAUCUGAAGGGAAAGUUAGACUGACUGGUUUGGGUGCUCGAGACAGUCUUCGUCUUGAGGCCGGGUUAUGCUUGUAUGGCAACGACAUGGAGCAGCACAUCACACCCAUAGAGGCGGGACUUACAUGGGCCGUAGGGAAGAGAAGAAGGGCAGAAGGUGGCUUUCUAGGUGCGGAUGUAAUACUUAAACAGAUUGCGGAUGGUCCAUCAAUCAGGCGAGUUGGGUUUAUCUCAUCCGGGCCGCCAGCAAGGAGUCACAGUGAGAUCCAAAACGAGAAAGGUGCGAAUAUUGGGGAAAUAACAAGUGGAGGAUUUAGCCCCUGCCUCAAGAAGAACAUCGCAAUGGGGUAUGUCAAGUCUGGAUCACACAAGAACGGCACGAAGGUAAAGAUUGUUGUCCGAGGAAAAUCAUAUGAUGGGGUUGUUACAAAAAUGCCUUUUGUACCCACAAAGUACUACAAGCCAUCAUAGAUCAUUAGAUCUGUUCCUUUUCUAACUUGUUCCAAACCUUCGGAAGUUCCCAACUCUUGAAAUUGCUACUACCAUUGCUGAAACUCAGAAAUGCUUAAAUUGAAUAUGAUUUUCUUCCUUUCAUAUAGUGGCCGGGUUUCUUUGCAUUUCUAUUUUCUAGCGAAUGGAUUUAUUUCUUGUUUGAUUUUGUCCUUUGGAAAAUGACAGUAUAGAUGGAAAAAGAAGUCUAAUCAGAGGGAACCGUUCACAUGAUCCCAAAAAAUGAGUUGAGCAUUAGAAUCAUUCGGGUUUAUACUCCAUCUACACAAUGAACCAGUGACACAGAUCAAAUUUAAUUAGGCCUCAGCAGAAAAUGACCACAUUGGACUGACUACAUAGGCCAUAGAAUAUACUGAAGAUUCCAUCAGAGUCCAAACAGGCCAACAGUCACAUUACACUGAAAGAUUCCUGCCAAACUUUCGGGUAAUCCUCCCUACGGCUUUUGCUCCUCGUGGUCUAUUCUAAACAUUUACCACUCCCUUAAAUUGUCGGUCGUUCCCUAUUGGCAUUUAAAUGAAAUCUUGAAACAGUAACAAGACUGAAUGUACUAUUUUCAGCACGUUUUUUUCGUAAUUUUUAAUUACUAACAUAUCUUUUUUUUUUAUAGUUUAAUACACUUUUUUACAUUUCUAAUAGAAAGAACACCGAAAAAA